AACAGAGGCAAGAGGCAACUUUAAAAGAGUACGUACCAAAUUAGUAAGAGAGAGAGAGAGAGAUGGCAAGCGGUGAACAAGUGUUUAUGAUCAACGGUGGAGGAGAAGAUGAGAACAACUUUCAGAGUAAUUCCACGUUACAGCAAAAAAAUGGAGUAGACGCGCAGAAUUUGUUCAUCAAGGAAGGAAUUCUAGACAAGUUAGACGUAGACAAACUCAUUGCUUCACAAACUACUCCAAAGACAUUCACCAUAGCUGAUUUGGGAUGCCCUGUCGAAAUAGACACAUUCGCCGCUGUUCAAAAUGUCAUCGACACUGUCAAACACAAACUCAAACUCCAAUCUAAUACUGCUCAUCAAUAUGAACAUCUCUCCCAUAACCUCGAGUUCCAAGUCUUGAUAAACGGUCCAACCUCUAGAGACUUCAACGCUCUUUUCAGGUCUAUACCGAUGAACAAGCCUUCCUACUAUGUAGCUGGAGUUCCAGGCACCUUCUACAGCCGCCUGUUCCCAAAAUCAAGCCUUCAUUUUGCAUAUUCAUCCUACUCUCUCCAUUGGCUCUCCAAGGUUCCGGACGGCGUAGGAGAUGAAAGGUCUCCGGCAUACAACAAGGGUAAGAUCUACUGUAUGAGUUCACCAAAGAUAGUAGCGGAUGCUUAUGAAGCCCAAUUCACUAGAGAUAUUGAGGCUUUUCUCAAAGCCAGAGAAUUGGAGGUUGUCCCGGGUGGACUUGUAGCUUUCUCUAUCGUUACUGUGCCAACUGGUUCUAAGUGCCUUACGCCUACUUUCUUUGAGAUUUUGGGAUCUGUUCUCUUAGACAUGGCUGCUAAGGGUAUUACAAGCAAGAAGAAAGUAAACACGUUUAACUUGCCAAUAUAUCUGCCAACCCCACAACUGUUAGAGGGUUUGAUUAAGAGAAAUGAGAAUUUCAGUAUUGAGAGAAUGGAACAACUAUGUCGUCCAAGGGAAUCGUUUUACGAGGCAGACUUUCCUGAAAAGCUCACCUUACACUACCGAGCUGUUAUGGAAAGCCUUUUCAACGAUCACUUUGGAACUGAGGUAGUCAACCUUAUGUUUGACAAGUUCAAGAACAAAGUCACAGAAACAGCUGUGUUUAUGGACUUGACCCACAAGCAAGCGCUCGAGUCCUUCGUUCUUCUCAAGCGCAAACCAUAGAAAUACAAGAAAUCUGUAAUGAACUAUUAUUUGCUAAUGCAAUGUUACUUGAAUUUGAAUAAGGACAAGCAACUUCAAGAUUUUAUAAUUAAAGUCGAAUUCAUUUAUAACUUGAUUCAAAAAUGUAAGAAUAGGUUUAAACAAAUCAUAGAAAACCCGCUAUUUUACG